GAGCUCUCAGAUCUUGGCUAUGCUAGUUUCGAAAAUUUUGCGACGGGGUAUACCUACUGCUGCACGCGGACACCGUUCAUCCACGUCUUGGCCGCUCCCUUCCGCGGUCUACACCAGCCCCACACGCACACACGAGGCGUCGACGUCCAGUACUCCAUGCGACUUCACAGAGAAGCAGCGACAUGCACUAGAUGCUGCUUUGCGCGUGGACCAGGCCGGCGAAAUUGCGGCCAACUACAUCUACAUGGGCCAGCUUGCGGUCCUUGGUCGAGACAGGGUAGCGGGCCCGUUAAUCCAAGAUAUGUGGGACCAAGAGAAGAAGCACCUGUACGUCAUGAAUAAACUGCAACUUCAACAUCGUGUGCGGCCAACGCUGCUCUGGGAGGUCGCUAAGGUCGCUGGCUUCGGGCUCGGGGCCGUCACCGCUCUCAUGAGCAAAGAAGCUGCCAUGGCAUGCACUGAAGCCGUUGAAACGGUUAUUGGCGAGCAUUAUGACGACCAGCUAAAGGAACUGGACAAAGUGAGAACAUCAGACCCUAGUAUACCUCUGCUCAAAGACAUUAUUCGGGAGUUCCGAGACGAUGAGCUCGAACACUUGGACACAGCCGUGGAGCAUCACUCCCAGAGAGCACCGGCGCAUGCUCUACUGAGUACAGUUGUCGGCGCGGGUUGCAAGAUUGCGAUAGAGCUUUGCAAGCGAAUAUAAAGGGCCGCGUAACGUAAUACUGAACCCGUGCAAUGUAACAUAAAGCAGAGGCGUUGACUGUGGAAAAACGUUUAAUACCGAUUGCACAUUCUCAACUUAAGAGCGUUCUGUUAACGGCUCGCCCCUGCGCUUUGCAGACCACUUGAACUUUGUCUAGAGAGGAGUUACGUGGAUGUAGCGUAGGAAUAAGACGUGCAACUUACGUCCGUUACUGCACAGGUAUACCAGAUGAGACCAGGAACUACAACCAGGCCGAGAAUUGACUGGACGGUCGUCUUAGGUGUGAAGCGGAAGUGCUUGUAGACAUUCUCGCGCUGUAUAUACAGACAUUAAUAUCAAAGAUGACUCUCGAGGAGGGCCGAACUAAUAACCAUGAGGUUCCACCGCUCGAUGGCGGGGUCGUGCUAGAAUACGCGGGUCAGUUCGUUGCAAUCCGGUGAAUGCUGUUCGCUA